CAAUCCCCACUGUACGUCAUCUCCACCGUCAGGACCGUGUUGUCCAAUCAGGAGAGACAUCUAUGGCCGGAGGCGGGAUUUCCCAGCGCCAUCUUGCCUGUGGACUUGGAGUCGGCGAAGGGCACGGAGCGGCUAUUGUAGGGGAGCGCGUGGCAGGACCAGCAACCAUGGCAGGACAUGACUCUGAAGCACAGUACAAGUUCACUGGUCUUAAGAAAUACUUCAAUUCCUACACCAUGACAGGCAGAAGGAAUUAUGUAAUAGCUACAUAUGCAAGCAUUGCCAUGAUCAUCUUAUAUUUCACGCUUAAGCCUAAAAAACAAACUCCAGCGGUGACAGAAAAAUAGUGGUUGCUGGCAUGUGUUAGUGUUGGACCUCAUAUUGCAAUGGAAACAGCUGAUGUACUAUUAUGUACCAUUCAAUAAAACAAACAAAACAUCA